UUUAGGAAGCCACCUCAUUUACCAUAUAACGAUACAAAAUAAAUCUGUCAUACAUAGUUUUCGAUAGGACAACUACGUGCCAUCACUGGAAUCUAUCCAACUGUUGAACGUAGUUCUCAACACCAUAGUCACCAACCUGGAGAUUUAUUAUUCUAGGCUCUAGUGAUCACAAGACAUCGUUUUUGGAAUAAAAACUUGACGCUGUUUAUAUUGAAUCUAUAACACAAGGCUAGGAUCUAAAAUACAUUACAAGAUGAAUGCUUUUGGAAAGGUAACCAAAUUUGUGGUGGCUGCUUUUGCCGUUACCGCUUGUAUGACAAGCUAUGCCGUUGCCAAUGAAGGCGAAGCAGAACCUGUGGCAGUAGAUGCUACAGUUGAAAGGGAUCAACCAGAUGCCACUAAUGAAGGUAAUUCACCUGAUGUAACUGUUGACGGCAACCAGCCCGAUGCUAAUGUAGACGAUAAUCAACACGAUGCUAGUCUUUAUGAAUACAAACACGAAGUAAUUGAAGAACCUCCUUUCGAUGGCAAACUAUAUAUAAGCCUAUGUAGUUCAAUUCCUAGCUCGAAAUUCCUUUCACGUGAAGAUAGAAGCAUAAACAUGGAACUCGUGGAAACUCGUAUGGAAGCAAUUGUCGAAAGAAUUGUAAACCAUGAGCCAAAAAAGAAAUGGCAAGAUUAUUGCAAGGAUAUUGUAGCAUGUUUGAAUAAGGACAGUGAUCUCAAGGAUGCUGUAGAAAGUUCCACAAGUGAGAGUGAUCUCAAGGAUGCUGUAGAAUAUUCGAUAAGUGACAGUGAUUGCAAAGAUAUUGUAGCAUGUUUGAAGAGUGGCAGACCUAUUUCAUUGCCACAAGACGUUGCUCAAGAUCUUGGCAAUUUAGAAUCAGGUCCCCUGCCCAAAACAUUAAUUAAAGAUUUGGCAAAAUCGUUUGCGGAAGACUUGAUGCAAAGGAAAUUCGGGAGGAUGCCCGAUGCACCAGUCAGUGUAUUUCACAAUCCCAGGUCAAUAUGGCUAAAGAAGUAUAAAAACAUAAGGGAUUAUAUCAUUGAAGCCCUAAACAACCCCAAAGUCCUUGAGGUGUGACCACAUGGGAAAAGCCAGAAUGCAGCUUAUACAUGCUGUGACGAUAAAUGAAAAGGUCACAUCGCACGAUAUUGUGGCUUUUAUCUAUUUUAAACAAGCAGUUGAACAUUGGCUGCAUAGUUUUAAUUACCUUAUAGAC